UUUUGCUCCCUACUCUACUGUAAAUUAAUCUCGAAAUCCACCCUAUUUCCGCUGUAUUCCUCACUGCCUCUUAGUCAUUGCUCGAAUACACCAUAUCCUCACUAUACGUAAGCAUGUCCUCGCUUGCGCCUAUGCCAACCAGUGUGGCUGCACCUGUGGCUGCACCUGUGUCGCUUCCAACCCCACGUGAGAUCUAUGUCUACGCCUACGCCAACCGCUCGUAUCUUCCGUUGAAGGCCAAAAACAUCCCGCUAAUGAUAUACACCUUUAUAUCCUCAGUGCUGUGGUACUUUGGCGACAUCUACACGUUCUUCACGCUGCCCAAGUAUAACAGGGUUACAUGUGUCGCAGCCAACUCGUGGCUGCGGAUGUGCCUGGGUGGCUACCUGUGGAUGUCUCUGUUCCAGGCCAGGCUGUACCAGUAUAUCAGCAUUUUUAUCUGGAAGCAGCGAGUCAAGGGCAAGUACUUUUGGUAUCCGAUGAUCUACAUGGUCUCGAUUCCUCUCGUCUACGGCAUCGUCUCAAUCGCGCUGCCAGAAGAGAAUGGCAUACGAUACGUCCCCGAACGGAAGGGCUGUGACGGGUCCAUGAAUCUCUUCUACAUGAGCAUAUCGUUCUGCUUCCUCCAGAUGCUGGCCUUCAUUUUCGUCCUCUUUUACUCGCGGCACAUCAACACGUGCUUCUCAGAGUACAGGCAGGUCGUAUGGUGCUUCAUCGUUGCAUGCGUCUGUCUGAUUAUUGGCAUUGCUACGGCCUGGAUUCCGCUGACGCCGGAGCGCAUCUUCAUUUUUGGUGCACUGAACACGAUGCUGCCCAUUCUCGUCGCUCAAGUGUACUUUUUUGUCAUCCUGGGGCCGCCCGUCUUCCACUGCAUGUUUAACCGUCAGAAGCACUUGAGCUACUUUGCACAGCGGCUGCGCGAGUCCAACAUGACGCGUGAGUACCAGCUAGCGCAUGACACAUCAAUGAAGCUCAGCAACUCGUACGACCGAGGAAAUCCGGCCAACUAUACCGCUGAGGGCAUGACCGCGAUUGGCGGUUUCUACCGCGGCAAUCUCGAGAGCAGCGCUGCUGGAGGCACAGCGUAUAUGGGCAUCCACAGCACCCCGAGCCUGGACAGGAUGGGCAACCAGAAUCGGUACAUAUUGGACUAAGCCAUGCGCUGGAACAUGUGUGCUUGCUGUUAUCCAAGAGGUGGACUUGGUUCCAAAAAUAAAUUGCAG